UGGUUAACAAUCAAACCAGUGAACGUGUCUGAUGUGGGAAACUAUACUUGUGAAGCACACAAUCGCAUGGGAAUUGUCGAGUCUCGCGUUGCAUCAUUAACAAUAGGAAAAAGUGUAGUCUGUUGUUUGUACUUGCGUAUUCCAGACAAAGUAGAAACAGCUUCUUGGACUAACGUCGAGUUGUCGCUAUCGUUUCAGUCGUCAGAGUAUAAACUUUUGGCUGUAUCAGUAGCCAAAGAAGGUCAUUUGUACUCGCCAGCAACAUAUUCCCAGUUCUCUAACCAAAACUACAUCCGCACAACUAACGUUAGUAUUAAUCUUGGACGUUUGAAAGAAUCAGAUACAGCUGUCUACAGCUGGCGUUUGUAUAUGAGUGCUUCAACAUCUAGCACUUUGCCUAAUAUUGAAGUCACGUCAUUCAUACCCGUCACAAUUGAAGGUGACUUUGUAGUCCUUUUUGUUUCUAAGUUAUACAACAACAUAGAUGUUAUGAUCUAG